AUGGAGGAAGAGGAGGAGCCAUCAGCCACACCCCUGCUGGAGGAGGAGGAGUCUGAUAACUCCUGGAUGUGCCCCUUGACCUCAGAUGAGCUGUCUUUGUCUCCUAGCAACACGGAGUUAGCCUCCACACUGUCCACUCCGUCCUCCAAGACCCCGUCCUCAGGUUCAGGGUCAGCCUCGUCCCAGGGCCUCAGGACUAAGAGCCAGUCAGGGAUGAUCCUCAAGCUGAGGAGGGUGUUGUUUCCUAAGGGACGUAAAGGCCAACAGACCCGAUACCAGGCUGUCUCUGUCUCAGACCCUGAAUUGCACCGACACAGCCAGCCUCUCCUCUCAGACAGCCAGCCUCUCCUCUCAGACAGCCAGCCUCUCCUCUCAGACAGCCAGCCUCUCCUCUCAGACAGCCAGCCUCUCCUCUCAGACAGCCAGCCUCCUCUCUCAGACAGCCAGCCUCUCCUCUCAGACAGCCAGCCUCUCCUCUCAGAGACAGAGGAUGGGGAGAGCGGAGAUGGGGAGGCCAGGAGAGAGAGGGACAGGGAGGGGGACAGAGGAGAGGCCAGGGAAAGAACCAGGGAUGGAGGUCUUUCCAGGAAGAUGUCCUCCAAGCUCCCCCAGCGAGGGCUGCGUUUCCAGGGCUUCUCUUCUACCCUGCGCCCCCUCUGCCACCUUACCACCUUCUCCUCCUUCAGCCGACUGUCCUCCGCUCUGUCCUCCUCUCUGUCCUCCUCUCUGUCCUCCUCUCUGUCCUCCUCUCUGCGUCGCUCCGUCAUGAAGAUCAAGUACUGCCCCUUCUUGUCUGCCUGCCACAGCUCUGACCACCGCCGGCGCCGCUGGAUCCUUCGCUCUGCCGUGCAGCGCGCCCGCCGGGUCAUGAAGAUCUACUACCCAGACCUGGUGGGGAGACGGAUACAACACCUCUACGAGGAGGGGGACGGGACAGAGGUGUGGUACAGGGGACUGGUGGUGCAGGUACAUGAAGCACACCCCAACCCCCUGAAGACGGUGUUCCAGGUGAAAUAUGACUCUGAACCAGAGUGGCAGUAUUACCUGGAGCUGCUCAUAGACUAUAAGAAGGGUUGGCUCAAAAUAGAGGGCUGA